AUGGAAACCAAUUCAGAAAAUUUCGCUAAGCAAUGCGUCAUUAUUAAUAAUAAUGUUAAAAGAGGCAAUUGCACGAUUGUUAAGGAAGAAAAUUUUGCUUUUGAAGUUUCUGGUUCAAAUUUUGACGAACCGAUUGAUUUGACGUCGACUAAUAGGAAUUUUCAAGGGGAAUAUGUGGGAAAUACCACUUACGUACAACCAUCUUCGCAUAACAAUAUUAACGUAACAUAUCAGCACAGCAAUACUAACCCUGUAAAUAUUUCUGAGUUUCAUCCAAAUCCACAAAGUCAAUCGCAAAUUGUGCAUUAUUACCCAGCAAAUUUGAACAAUUCUCAUGGGAGAUUUAGAAAAAGAAGACAUACUUAUACAGUAGGGUUGUCUGAUGAUUUUCAACCAUACCCCGUUACGUUUGAUAGCAAUUGUUUCCAAAAUUCUUCUUCAAAACAAGAAGAAAUUCACAAGGCCGCAAAAUCCUUGUUUUCCAAAAGAACUAGGACAUUAUACCAAUGGAUGUAUCCAAAUGCUCCAAAGCAGCAAAUCAAGUCUGCUGUUGCUACAUCUUGGGAGUCCUUGGGCAGCCAGGAGAAGGAUUUUUACAUCUCUCAGGUUUUGGGUAGAUUUGGGUUUCCCCCUUGCAGUCUGAUGGUGAACCCCCAACUGGGGGGCAUCAAAGAACUCCCCCCUCUUCCGGAUACUCAAGAUUUCAUAUCCACCCCCCAAAACGAACUUCAAAACGCGAUAUCAAGCAUCUCAUCUCCGAACUCGUCAAAUUUGGGCACCCAAUUGAGCAACUCAUCGUUUUCCGAAAGAUAUCAAAGAAUAAAGAAAAAAAAGGGAAGACCUUUUGGUAGUAAAAAUAAGAAGAUUAAAACCGAGGCGACUUACUCGAUGCCUCAGGAGUUUCACGAUGAUCCAGAAUUGAGGAGGGAAUUUGAACAGUAUGCUUUGAAUUUAAGACAAAAGUAA